GAUGUAUGCGAACCACCAGAAGUGGAUGACGAUAUCCAAAUACUCUUCUCUUUACAAUAGAAUCAAAUUCAAAAUCCCGCCCCCACCCAACUGAUGAGCAUCGUUUCUUCAAGCCCAGAAGAAAUUGAAUCCAUGAACUGAAAUGAAUCUCUUCGCCACAUGGAAACCCAAUCCCCCUUGCCGGAUCUACGUGACGCAAUCUUCCGGUGAUGGCAAACAGGUCUUCCCUCCGCCGGCCGACCAAUUCAGGCCUCUGCAGUCCGUAUUCCGGCGUCGGCUUCUCACGGGCGUCGGCGCCGCUUCUCUAUUGGCUGUUGGGGCCAAUUUCGGCGGGGCCACGAGUUUUCUUCUGGGCUUCUCGCCGGAGGCUGCUCGGAGUCUCAAGCUGGACGCGCUUUAUCCGGUGGGAGGAUACAGCCGAUACAUAGACACAAAUGAAGGAUUCGAAUUUGUGUACCCGGAGAGUUGGUUGGGGGAUCAGACGUUAUUAUACAGAGCAGCAGGGAAGGCUGAAAGGUCACUGGAUCCCCCUCCUCUGGGCGGUGGUGGAGGGCGGCGGAGGAAUGUUAAUGAGCCGGCGGUGGCGUUUGGUCCACCGGGAUCAACCGGAGAGCUCAAUGUUAGUGUGAUUGUGUCGCCCGUUUCCAUUGACUUCUCGAUUGAGGCGUUUGGAGGAGCUGAAGAGGUGGGAGAAGCUAUUGUCAGAACAAUCACUGGAUCGGGCAAACGCCCAGAUGUGAAGGGGACGUUGAUGGCCUGCAGUUUGAGAGAGGAUUCCAUAAGAAAGGUUAACUAUUAUGAGCUUGAAUUUGAAGUGGAGAGCUCAGUUUUCCAUCGCCAUAAUGUUGCUGUGUGCUGUGCCCGAAAGGGAAGAUUGUUUACUUUGAACGCACAGGCGCCAGAAUCUGCUUGGCCCCAGUUUAAGUCACAGUUCUAUACAAUUGCUCACUCUUUUAAUUUAGUAUGAUCAGUGAGCUUAAGACAUCCUUUGUUUUUCUUUUGUGUUGCUUUUAUUUUUGGUCCUCCAAGUACCACUUAUUCCCAUUUGGUCCUCCGACUAUCUGUCCAAGAAUUUACUGCAAUCCGGCGUUUGAAAGCGAACUUGUUUAUCCAAGAAGUCUUCAAAGGAAACUUUAUACCA